UCCUGGAGCGUGCCAAAGCUGAGAAUCGGUGAUUGUGGCUCAAGUUACUGUUUGAACAGUGAAGACUUGAUGGUCGCCAACAUGCAAAACGGCUCCAGCGGGGAUCUCAUUCGUCUCAGAAGUUGCAUCCGAAACGUUUGGACCUUGGAAGUGCUCCUGAUAAGAUGUCCAACAACUCGAGUGAUUUCAUCAACUGCUUCCAAUCUGGGCCCUUGCGCAUCUUAUUCAUGGGCUCCAACGUCUUCCACCUGCUCACGCUUCCCCUCUUCCUCAACGUCCUGUACAUCGCGUACCGUCAGAGCAGGCGGCGGCGCUCCGCCACGGCCUCCCCUUUGUCGUCCGGCGCCGCGGUCAGUCAUUCCGACAUGUUCAUCUUCCACAUGGCGGCCAUGGACGUGAUCGGACAGCUGGCCUCCAUCCUUCGUCUUUACGGCCUCUUGGCGAACAAAUCCAAAGUCGUCACUUACGCUUUUUACAUAUUUUACUUCAUGUGGUACGGCGAGGUGAUGUUUCACUCGCUGACCUGCCUUGAUCGCUAUGUGGCCGCGGUCCAUCCAAUCGCCUACAUGGGCCUGAGGCAGGGGCGGGCCCUGAAACUCCGGAGCGUCGUCAUCGCCAGCGUUUGGCUGAUUUCCGCCAUUUGCGUAGUUAUAGCAUCUGUGCAUUAUUCUCCCACCGUGGCAAUCGCCUUCCUGUCCCUUAUUUUAAUUGUCAUAGCCUCCUGCAGUCUUUCGGUUCUCUGUGUUCUCAAUCGAAAAGGGCCGGGCUCACAGAGUGCGUCCCGGAUGGACCCCAACAAGUGGAGGGCUUUCAAAAGCAUCCUGAUCAUCCUGACCAUGUUGCUGUUGAGGUACGCGUGGAGUCUGACAUCAGCAGUAUACGCGUUGUUUGUGCCGUUUAAUCACAUUUAUUGUUUGUUUGGGGUGCUGGAACUCAUGAUGUGGGUGCCCGGCGCUUUGGUCUUCCACGUCCUCUUUCUGUACAAAAGAUGGACGCUGGCGUGCUCUAACCACAGCGCUCGGUGA